AUGAAUUCCAUUCGCCAGAUUCAGGCGCUCAAUAAGCGCGAACUUGAAAAUUCCAUACCCCCAGAGGCAUCAUGGCACGCAGAUUACCGAGACACAGCUUAUAUCUACAUCGGUGGGCUUCCAUUCGAGUUGUCUGAAGGAGAUGUUGUGGCGAUAUUCUCGCAAUACGGAGAGCCAGUACACAUUAAACUAGCUCGCGACAAGGAGACGGGCAAGAGCAGAGGAUUCGCUUGGCUCAAGUACGAAGAUCAGCGCAGCACAGAUCUAGCCGUGGAUAACCUCGGAGGUGCAAGUGUGAUGGGACGCUUGCUUCGUGUGGACCAUGCGCGCUACAAGCGACGGGAUGAUGAAGAAGAGGAAGAGGAGAACAACGUCGCCAAGCUUAUGGGAGACUCAGCUGCCACCGAGAACAAGGGCAGGGAUGAUGACCGCAGCCGGAGGCGGAUCACCGAAAAGGAAGAAGGACGGCCAGUCUUGACGGAAGAGAAGGAGCUUGACGACUUGAUUCGCAACCAUGAUGAGGAAGAUCCCAUGAAGGAGUUCCUUGUUGAGGAGAAGAAAGAAGAGGUUGCGCGCGCAAUCGAGGCCUGGAACAGCAGCCAGAAAUCUAGACGACGCCACGACAGUAAAGAACGCUCCAGCCGGCAUCACCGUUCCCGUCGUCACCGUUCCCGUUCUCCGCGUGAGCGUCGGCAUCGGGAUGAUCGCUCUCCCGAUAGGGAGAAGCGAUCUCGCUACAGAUCAUCUGAAAGAGAAGAACGGUCACGGGGCGAUCGAUCAUCGAGGAAAUCGCGCUCGCCAGAUUCCCGAAGACACCGAAGUGACCGGGAUAGACAUGAUCGUCGUCGUUGA